AUGACCGUCCAGGCGAGGAGGCACUCCGCAGCCUACAAAGCGCCAUCACCCUAUAAUUCACGAGAUACAGAUAUCGAAAAACAACCCACGAUCGGUCGUCAUACAUACCACCACCGAAGCGAUAAUCCUGAUUCCGAUGACGAGUCGCUGGACGAUAACAACGUCGCGGUAUCCUACCCCCCGCCCAUCGUAGCGGGCGGCAGUCUUCGCCGCCCCCAAACGGGGCUUGGCUUUCGCGUGCCCCAACGGAUCAUGCGAUGGCUCUGUUUCGCUCUUUUCCUUGCACUCGUGCUCUUCAUAUUCACCCUCUUCCGCUUCACCAUCUCCAGCUCCGUCUCGCAAGUCGCGGUCGAUCUGCCCAAGGUCGGCGUCAGUGCCCCGAAGCCGCCACAAUGGGAGAGCUUUCCCUUCCUCAGUCGGUAUGAGGGCGGUAUCACUUCCUUGGUCUCGCGUGCUGAGAAUGUCCCGGAGUACCCCGGAGACGGCUCAGAGGAUAUGGCUAUGCAGACGGAACGAGUGGACGAACAGAAGGAGCAGGAGCAGAAUGCCGACAAGGUGGCCAAGGUGGCCAAGAGGGGCUUGAAACCGAAUAUGUUGAGCAAUGUGUUCAAUCCUUAUCCCGACUACAAUUCCCCGGAAUACAUUGCCAGAUUCGGCGAGAAACGCGAGUGCUUCCUCAAUGUCGAGAACACGCUUCGGGUUCCGUCGAUCCAGAGCUAUCCUGGAAUUCCAAAGGGCUUCCCAGACCCGGUGAUAGGCUCGAACACGAUGUUAGGUAUUCGGGAUGACAUGUGCUUUGAUCGAUUUGGUCGAUUGGGCCCGUACGGGCUGGGAUACGGAGCUAAAAAGGGAGGCAUUGGCGCCGGCAUGGAGGGCCAUCGUGAUGGCGCCGACCGUGUUUGGGAGGAUGUCCCACCGGUGGACUUCCGACAGGUAGACUGGGCCGCUGCGCAACACCGGUGCCACGCGGCUAAUCGCCAUCGCUUCAAUGAGCUGCCCGAGCCGCGUCUGAAUCGCUUUGUCUCUAUGCCUGUGGGAACUCCUAAGAUUGAAAUCCCACCGGCUGCCGAAGAUACCCGCCAGGAACCGCCCAAGGUUGGAUCUGAGCGUUUGCCGCGUACUGCGGUGGUGAUCCGUACGUGGCACGACUUCAACUAUACCCCUGAAGACAUUAUGUAUAUGCGCUCCAUCGUUACGGAGCUCUCGCUGAUGUCCGGUGGUGAGUAUACCGUCCACUUCCUGGUUCACGUCAAGGACACCAACCUGCAGAUCUGGUCCGAUGAUGAGACAUACCAGCGUGUCCUCAAUGAUGCCCUGCCAGAGGAGUUCCGCGGCAUGGCAACCCUGUGGUCCGAGCCGCAGAUGUCCAUUAUGUAUCCCGGAUUGGAGGAGACCUUGACUCGCGGCUUGCCAAUUCACGGUGUCUAUCGCAGCACGUACAUGCCCAUGCAGUACUUCGCUUUCCAGCACCCCGAGUACGACUACUUCUGGAAUUGGGAGAUGGAUGCGCGUUAUACAGGCCACUGGUACCACUUCUUCGAAAAAGUCGGCCAGUGGGCGAAACAACAGCCGCGCAAGGGCCUGUGGGAACGCAACGCUCGCUUCUACGUUCCUUCCGUCCACGGCUCGUGGGAGGAUUUCCGACAGAUGGUCCGUGUGCAGACCGAAGUCGGCACCAACUCCGUCAACAACAUGUGGAGUGCUAUUAAGGAUGAAGCGGACGGCAAGACGCGGAGCGUAUUGCACCAGCAGGGAGACAAGUCUAUCUGGGGUCCCGAGCGCCCCGACGAACAAGACAUCUUCGAAGUCGAGGGCGAGGGUAUUCCACCGACCAGCAUGGACAAGGACCAGUACCAAUGGGGCGUGGGUGAGGAAGCGGACCUAGUCGUCUUCAACCCACUCUACGACCCAGAGGGCACCACUUGGCUGCUGCGGGACGAUGUGACCGGCUAUAACAAGGAGAAGGGCUUCCCGCCGCGCCGCACGGCAAUCAUCACCGCGUCGCGCAUCUCUCGCAAACUGCUUACCACCAUGCAUCGCGAAUGCAGCCUCAAGCGCCACAGUAUGUUCUCGGAGAUGUGGCCCGCCACCACCGCGCUGCACCACGGAUUCAAGGCGGUCUUCGUCCCGCACGCCGUCUACGUCGAUCGCCGCUGGCCGACGCGUUAUCUGGAAUCAGUGUUCAAUGCCGGCCGCAAUGGUGCCUCUGGCGGUGCGCGCACGUCUAUCUUCGGCGACGGUGAACACAACUUCCGCGGCACGACCUGGUUCUACUCGGCAGGCUUCUCGCCGAACAUCUGGCGCCGCUGGCUGGGUCUCCGGGUUGACAAUGAUGGAGGCGAGCAGCAGGAGCUUGCUGGCGAGGGUCGCAUGUGUCUUCCUCCUAUGCUGUUGCAUCCGGUCAAGGAAGUAAAUAUGGUUAUUGAUGAUGGAGUGCAGGCACAGGACAUGUAA